GGAGACGUGAGCCUCCGCGCGCUCACCGGCUGCGUCCUGUGCGCGCUCAUCGUGUCCACCCUGCUGGGGAACACGCUGGUGUGCGCCGCCGUCAUCAAGUUCCGCCACCUGCGCUCCAAGGUCACCAACUGGUUCGUGGUCUCGCUGGCGGUGUCGGACCUGUUCGUGGCCGUGCUCGUGAUGCCGUGGAGGGCGGUGUCCGAGGUGGCGGGAGUCUGGCUCUUCGGGCGCUUCUGCGACACCUGGGUGGCCUUCGACAUCACGUGCUCCACGGCGUCCAUCCUGAACCUGUGCAUCAUCAGCAUGGACCGGUACUGGGCCAUCUCCAGCCCGUUCCGCUACGAGCGCAAGAUGACGCGCAGGUUCGCCUUCCUCAUGAUCGGGGUCGCGUGGACCCUCUCCGUCCUCAUCUCCUUCAUCCCCGUGCAGCUGAACUGGCACCGCGCGCGCAGCUCCUCGCGGGACGGUCCGGACGGCUGCAACGCCAGCCUGAACCGAACCUACGCCAUCUCGUCCUCCCUCAUCAGCUUCUACAUCCCCGUGCUGAUCAUGGUGGGAACGUACACGCGCAUUUUCCGCAUCGCACAGAUCCAGAUCAGGCGGAUCUCGUCCUUGGAGAAGGCACCGCGCGCGCAGAAGCACCACUGCGCCUCGACGCACGACGAGAGCGCGCUGAAAACGUCUUUUAAACGGGAAACUAAAGUUCUGAAGACCCUGUCCAUCAUCAUGGGGGUCUUUGUGUUCUGCUGGCUGCCCUUCUUCGUCCUGAACUGCGUGGUUCCGUUCUGCGACCCGCACCGGCCCGGGGAGCCGCCGUGCGUCAGCGACACCACCUUCAGCAUCUUCGUGUGGUUCGGCUGGGCCAACUCGUCCCUGAACCCGGUCAUCUACGCCUUGAACGCGGACUUCAGGAAGGCCUUCUCCUCCAUCCUGGGCUGCAGCCGCCUCUGCUCCAGCUCGGCCGUGGAGCCGGUGGACUUCAGCAACGAGCUGGUGUCUUACCACCACGACACCACCCUGCAGAGGGAGGCCGCGGGUCCGGGAGCCCAGAGACCCGCCCACCCCGGACCGGACCUGCAGCAGAACUUUGACAAAGUCUCAGCAGUUUCUGGAGACUCUCGGGCCCAGCGGAACCUGCUGCUGCCCGCCAUCCUGCACUUCGAGUGCGAGCCGGAGAUUUCUUUGGACAUGAUGCCCUUCAACUCGUCCGAACCCUGCGGGGUCCCGGGUCAGGUCCUGGACCUGUGA